AAAUGGCAGCGUUUUAAGGGCAGUGGAAGGAGGAGUUGUAGUAGUCAAAUUGUAGAGGUUUUAAAAGUAAGUGAACUCCCCCCCUCCCCGCAAUUUAUUCCGAUGUGCAGGGCAUGGUAUUAGAUAAUUGCUUUAUUUUAAUUUGAUGCCUUUGACAAUGGAUAAUUAUCAUCUAUUUUUUAAAGGAACCACUCCUUAUCCACUCGUAGAGAUUUGGCUAAAAUUAGACCAAAUCCUCAAACACAACACAACAGCGCCACAGCCGCCACAUAACCCCACGACGCUUGCCUGCCUUCCACUCGUUUUCAUAUUCACAUUCCCACUUCAUUAAGCAAUCGCUAACCCACCGUCUCACUCUCACUUCAAUUUCAAUUAUGGCGGUGGUGUUCGUUUCCUUUUCUUUCUUUCUAAUGGACGUGAGAUCUUUUAAGUACGGGGUCUUCCCUGAACCGGGUUGGGGUUUGGACAAUAUGACUUGGAAGGUGGAAUGGUAUUGUAGUUGAAGUGUAAAAGUAUCUCACUCACUUACUUUUAUUCUAGUUUGGAGUUUGACCCAACUGGGUCUUCCUUGGCCACCAACGAAACCAGUGAUGUCUACAAAUUUAUAUUCUUCUUGGCCAUCUUUUAUUACAUUCUCACCACUUGUCACGCAACUUCCUUUCUCUUCCUCUUUAUCCUUCUUUAUAAACCCAUCAUCGUCUUCUCUUACUCUCAUCACUCCAAACCACUUUCAACCAAUUCCCCACAUCAAAAACUUUGCUAUCUCUGUUCUUCUUUCUUUUCAGGUGCUGUUUAAUUCUCUGAAUUUCAUCUAUCUCUGUCUCUAAUGGCUCUUGAAGCUCUGAAUUCGCCCACCACUCCAUCGCCGGCGCUGCACUACGACGACCCGAGUCUCAAUUCGUUGGAGUCUUGGUCUAAGAGGAAGAGAACCAAGCGUCCGCGGGGAUUCGACAACCCUCCAACCGAGGAGGAGUAUUUAGCGUUAUGUCUUAUCAUGCUUGCUCGAGGCGGUGCCACCGCCUCUGACCCUGACCACCGACUUGCUUAUGAAGUUCCGAUUCCGGCUCAACCCAUAUCCGUUGUUAAACUUAGCUACAAGUGCUCUGUUUGCGACAAGGCGUUUUCGUCUUACCAGGCUUUGGGUGGACAUAAAGCGAGUCAUAGAAAAUCAGCUACAGGGGAAGACCACUCCACUUCCUCCACCAUAACCACUUCCGCCACCGCUACCACCGCCGUCGGUGGGGGUAAAUCCCACGAGUGCUCUAUUUGCCAUAAGUCUUUUCCCACCGGUCAGGCCUUGGGUGGCCACAAGCGUUGCCACUACGACGGCGGAAUUGGCAACAACAACAACAACAACCACCACAACCAAACACACAGUCACAACAACAACCACACCGUGACAUCGUCCGAAGGAGUUGGGUCGACCCACACGCAGAGCCACAGCCACCGGGACUUCGACCUCAACCUCCCCGCCUUGCCGGAGCUAUCUCCGGGAUUCUUCAUCAAUUCCGGCGACGAGGAGGUCCAAAGCCCAUUACCCCUGAAGAAGCCUCGAAUCUUAACAAUUCCCAAAGUCGAAAUCACUCAGACAUGAUCUUAGGGGGAAAGAAAAGCAGAAAUUGUUUGGAUUUGUUUGUUGAGUUGAUGAUUUGUUUGUGUGUAAAUAGAAAAUAGGAAGUUUGUUCUACUCCUCUACCCACUAUUGUACCUGUAGUCAAUCUCUGAGAACUAAUUCAAUUGAUUAUUUUUUCA